CGCAGUCACGGACACAACCGCCGCAUCUCGAACAUUUCCAUCCCUUUCCUGGUUUCAGUGGGGGAAGUGUGAAGAAAGGGGUGUCGGUUGGAAGAGUCUGAGAAAGGAGCCUUGUCACUUGUCUUCUGGAAGGUGCUCCUCCUGUUACGAACCUGCAUUCGAAGAGGCAGUAUUCUACCUUACCUAAGGUAGGUAGGUAGCUGAAGGCACUACACUACCCGGAGUCAACCUAGAAGGCAAGGUAAAGUACCUAGGGGAAGACAGGGAAACACGACGGCAGCAACAAAGAGGAAGGUGGGGAAAAAAAAGGAAAGCGCAGGCAGGCUACCACCGUUGCUCCUUCCACCGGCAUUGCUGGGCCACCAUAAUGGCGAGACUUCCUUUCUCAGGGGCGGGCUCACCAGCGCCAGCACCUUCUCCCUCGACUUCUCCCGCAAACUCCAGCAUAGGCCACCGGCGCUCCUCGACUGGGAGAUUCCUUGGCGGUCUCUUUCGCCGUCUCAUCCCCCGGUCCUCUUCAUCCUCUCGCUCAACCUCCUCCGCGCAACCCGAGGGAAGCAUUAUCACGACAGCUUCAGAAACCUCGAAACCCAAGACUGACACCGGCCACAACACUAUGGCCCCUCCGGGUGUUCCUAUCCCUGCCGUUCCGUCAUUAGCCAGGAUCGCCGGUAAGGAAAACCAACCGCCGGCUUCUGACCUCAAUGAGUCUCUGGCCCGACUUGCACUAUCGCCGGGGGACGCUGUCAGUCCUCCUCCCCUGAAGCCAGUUGCCGCAAGUAUACCACCCCUGGCUCCCAGGGAUUGCAUUAGCUCCGUCGAGAAACCAACACAUCUGUUGUUUAUGGAACAAGCCUUGGAUAUGGCUCGCCUAGCUCUCCGCACAAAUGAGACGCCCGUGGGUUGUGUUCUCGUUCAUAAUGGUAAAGUCAUCGCCAAGGGCAUGAAUGCCACCAACGUCACCCGCAACGGCACGCGCCAUGCCGAGUUCAUGGCCAUUUCUGCCCUCUUGUCCUACCGGCCGAACGGUGUAACCGCCGAUGACCCCGUUGCCGAGCCGCGGCACAUUCCGACCCAGCUAUCGUCUGCCGCUGCCGCCGAACGGGAGCGUGAGAAGAACGCCGAGCUUGGUCCGGAUCACAGCGUCAACGACUCGGAGUACGUCCGUAACGGCCACCUCUAUCCCUACGGGCAGAAGCUACAUCCAGACCCACGUGUGCCGCGUUCCAUCAUCCGCGAGUCGGUUCUCUAUGUUACUGUCGAACCCUGCGUCAUGUGCGCCAGUCUUUUACGCCAACUCGGCAUCCGCAAGGUCUACUUUGGCGCCGUCAAUGACAAGUUUGGUGGCACUGGCGGCGUCUUCAGCAUCCAUAAGAACUCGGUUCGGCCUCAGGACAAAGUCCAGGCCGCGAAAAAAGGAACCUCGCCGGGAACUUCGAACGCCAGCGAUGGCAUCGGGGCGAAUGGGGUGCAGGUCCUAAAUUCCAUUCCGAAUGCUAUUCCGGGCUCACGGCCUGCCUCGGCGCAUUCGCAAGGGUCCCUGGUGCAGCCCAAGCCGAUGGCUGGCCAGUAUCACAUCCCGCAGUCGAACCCUGAUGGCGAUGGUGGCAAUGUCGAGCACGGUUUCGACAUCGAAGGUGGAUGGGGUCGUGAAGAGGCCGUUGGCCUGCUACGGCGGUUCUAUGUGCAGGAGAAUGGUCGAGCUCCCCAGCCGCGAAAGAAGGAAGGCCGCGCAGCCCGCCUAGCGGCUUUGGAAGCAGGCCUUACUGGUGUGGAUCCGGCCGAAAAUGGCGCAGCUACGAAAGCCAACACGUCAAACGAGGGACCAAACGGCACCGACGGUCUGGCGACGAGGAUGAAAAACAUUACGAAUGCGAACAUCCCAAUGCAGUCUCCGAACUUAGCCAGUGGGGUAGGUAAACGUGGAUUGGAAGAAACAGAUUUGGCCGUGUGAAACCGGAUCGUCAGGUGUGUCUGUUGCUAGGAGACGACCAACGAGACGUCAUAGAUAAAGCAAGUUGCCCCUCAUGGCCGCGGCGUAUCAUUUAUGGUGGAUCCGCACUUUGGCCUGGGGUUACGAGGGUAUGGUU